AUGGCACAGACAUCAUCAUAUCGAUUUGACCAUAUUGCUGUCGGGGUGUGGAGCAUUGCCGAUGCCGUACCCUUCCUCGAGGAUGAACUGGGGGGCAGGCCUUUGGGCGGUGCGCCCAACCCGGUGUUUGCCAGCGCGCAGUGGGAGUUUGCAAACGGAGGCGUGCUCGAGGUACUAGCCUCGGGGCUGCUGUUCGUGAGUGUACACGUUGCUGAUGGCAAGUUCCUCUUCAUGUGCCAGGCACUUGACCCACCGCCGUUCCUCGAUGAGGCGAGCUUGAACAAGAACUUCAUGCAUCAGUUCCUCACCUCCGGCGGGCCGCGAGUGCAUCACGUCACCUUCAAGUGUGAUCCAAUGUAG